UGGAAACGUAUACAUUUUUAUGCAUUUUCCUCCUAAUUACUUGCAAUUUAUUUGGUUCAAUAUGUCUAUGAGCGAAAGCUUGAGAUAAAGAUAAGGAUUACUGCAAUGAAAAUCAAGUGAAUUUUAAAUUUUUAUUAACCAACAGAAAGUUCAUUUCUGUCUAGCGUUUAUUGUCUAAAACAUAAUUGAGCAUUUUAUUUUCUUACUUUAUUAUGAAAUUUAAAUAUUUAGUAUGCCUACUUUUUAAAUAUAAAUUAUAAGAGGAAAAAAGAAAGAGGAUAAAUGUCUGUUGUAAAGGAUAAAGAGACAGAUAAAACAGUGAAUAUUGAAGGGAUUUUAGCUGACUUUUUUCUGAAGAAAAUGAAUGGCUCUAAAUCUGAGUCAUGGAAUUAUGAGAAAAAAAGGAAAAAGAAAGAUAAGAAACACAAGACGAAGAAAUCUAGGCAUAAAAGAAGCAGAUCUUGUAGUUCCGAAGAAAAAUCAAAAGAUUAUAUGAAAUGUGUUAUAGAUCAUUCAAGCUCUGAAGAAAAAGAUAUUAAACGACUUCAGAGAUUAAAAAGAUUAGACACUAAAGAUAACAAUUUAAAUAUUGUUAGUACUGUAGGCUCUGAAGAUAAUGAAUCAAAAAUCAAACUUCAAUCAUUUUAUCAGAGUGAUAUUCUUUACGGGCCAUCGCUGCAAACAUUAUUAGGCCUUCCAAAUAAUGAUGGUCACGAGACUAUUAAUUCAGAAGUAAAUAUUGCUAGUAAGGAUAAGAUUAAUACUGAAGCAAGUAAAAAUACUACAGUUGCAGAUAUUAUUGGUAAUAAGAUCAAUAUCGAAGCAAAUAAUACUAUUGAUGGUGUAGAAGCCCAAACUAAUGAAAAUAUAAAAGGAUCUUUGAAUUUGGAUAAAGAUGAAGCUAAAGCAAACACAGUAUUAUCUGAUAAUAAAAAUGAUGCAAAAUCAACUAUUUCUAAAGGAGGUGUUGAAUCUGGGGAUAUUAAACACUCUGUUAAUGUUCAUGGUUCAAAUUCUGAAGCAAUUGAGUCUAAGAGAAAAAAGAAGUCCGACCGAUAUUCACGAUCAAGAUCCAGAAGCAGAUCUUAUGGUUCAGAGAAACAUUCGAAAUCAUAUAAGAGUAGACGUCAUUCUCGCUCCAGAUCAAAUUCAAGGUCUAAAUCCUUCAAAGAUAAAAAAAUCUCACGGUCCAGGAAUAGAUCUCGUUCAAGGUCUUAUUCACGUCAUAAAAGGUAUAAAUCAAGAUCUAGAUCUAAAGAAUUUCAAAAAAGAUACAGGAAAUAUCCCAGGAAGGAUAGAAGUCGAUCAACAUCUAGAAGGCGUAGAAGAUCACGUUCCAGGUCCAGUUCAAGAAGACGUGAUGCUUCAUGGUCCCAAAGAAGGCGUAGAUCUCGUUCCCAUUCAUAUGAACGUUCAUGUCGUUCUCCAGACAAAGAUUCAAAACACAAAUCUAAAUCAUAUAAUAAAAGAAGUUCCAGUCGUGAACAUGAUUCUAGUAGAAAGAAGCGCUCUCGAUCAAAAUCACCUGACAAACAUAGUCGAAGUACAAGCAGCUUGAAAAUAGAUCAAGCAAAAAUUCUGGAAAUUGCUCAAAAAAAUGUUCUUAGCAUGAUAGAAAAAGGUACUUUGCCCGAAGGACUAUCUUUAGAUAAUUUCAAGAAAGAGCAGAUACUUUCAUUAAAAGCAGGUGGAAAAUCAGUACAAGAAUUAACAGACUUUUGUACAAAAUUGUCGAAAAAAGAAAAUGACCCUGUAGCAGAAGAUAAGGAUGAUGCUGGUAACAAUGCAGAAUCUGGUUUUAUUCACCACCCUUUCAAAAUAAAAGAAGCAUCUGCGAUUAAACUUAAUAUAAAGAAUUCUGUGCAAAUUCCUGUGAGAACACACGCAGAAAAAGUUGCCGAAACUGCUCGACUAAGUUCUCAGUUUCCAGUAUCUAGUGGCAAUAAGCACAAGCAAAAGGAAUUAGAAUGGAUUCCAGUAGAGCCAGAUUCUAAAACUCAGAAAGAUUCUGAUGCAUCAAAAGCCUUGGUCCCACUUUCCCUACCAACUAAAGCUGUUCCUAUUGUAUCCAAGCCAAAGAUACUAGAGGCGACAAAUACUGCUAGUACUUUGUCACCAAAUCCUGUAACAGCAGCCAUUAUACCACCUGUGCCAUUACCGCCUCCACCUCCUCCUCCACCACCACCUCCUGAAAUUACAGUACCAGUAUUGCCUCCACCACCAUUACCACCACCACUACCACCUUCUUUACCCCCUAGUAGUUUAUUAUCAACAGUUACUCCUGUUGCUGUACCAGAACAACCUCAUGUUACAUUGGUUGAUUACCCAAUGAUUCCUACGAAUAGUUAUUCAUUUGUAGCUCCUUCUCAGUAUCCUGUUACUUCUGAAAUGAAUACUUUUUAUACACAAGUCCAGUAUCCAAAUAUAGUGUCUGCGAAUGAACAGCCAACAGUUUAUCCUGUAACUACUAGUCAUUCAACAGAAACAACCAGUUUUCAACCUAAAAAGCCAAUUGAUGUUUCUGCUAUUGUGGCCCAAAGAUUCAAAGCCCUAACAAAGUUACAAACCAAUCCUAAUGAUACAGAGGCUCUCCAAACUUUAGAACAGGCACAAGCAAGUAUAAAUGAUUGGGUUCAAUCACAAGAAGUUCCUGGUUUGUUUACUGGCUCAACAGGUGCUAAGCUUUUAAGUGUAGAAGAACUUAGUGGGCCCAGACAUUGGAAUUAUAGGGCAAAAAAGGAUAUUUUUACUCGUGCAGCUCCUGUAACAGAAGGGAAAGGAAUGAGUUUACUUAAGAAGAUGGGGUGGAAUCCAGGUGAAGGCUUAGGAAAAAAUAAAGAAGGUUCUUUAGAGCCAUUAGUGUUGGACAUUAAAACUGACAAAAAAGGCCUUGUUUCUGAAGGUGAAGGAUCCAAGAAGUUAGUAUCAAGUGUUCUCAAGGAUUUGCAAGGUAAACAUCCUGUUUCUGCUCUCAUGGAGUUGUGUAGCAAAAGAAAAUGGAAACCACCUCUUUACACUCUUAUUCAAGAGUCUGGUCCAUCACAUAAAAAGCUUUUCUUAUUUAAAGUAGAAGUGAACAAUGUUGAAUAUCAAGCUGCAACUCCUGUUAGUAACAAGAAAGUUGCUAAAGCUGAUGCUGCAGUGAUAUGCUUGCAAGCACUUAGUGUGUUUCCAAAGACGUGAUAAAUGUCAGUAUGACAAAAUUGUAUAUAUUUUUAUGAUACAUUGUAUGUUAUUUUCAAAAUUGAAAAUAAUUCCUUUUCUUGUAUUAAUGUAUUUGCAUUACAUUGA